AUGGAAUCCGACCUAGAUUCUGAUAUCUCCUCCAUCCGCGCAGAAAUCCGCGCCCUCCAAUCCCGCAAACGCUUCCUCACCUCCAGCCUCCUCGCCUCCGACGCUCUCCAAAAACACCUCCUCAACCCUAAUACUGCAUCAUCCUCGAAAUCGCAAUCGCAGCUCGCAGAGGCAUCACCCCUAGUCCAAUCUGCCAACGCCCACUAUGAAUCGAACCACCACCGCAUCGCGUUCUCGACGACCGCGUUUCCGUUUACGGAUCCUUCGCCUUAUGGCUCGUCGGGAGGGGGUAAAGAUAAGGGAAACGAGAAGGAGAAGAAUCUAUUAGGCGUGCGCAUUGACAUUUGCGCGCGGAACGGCCGAUUCGCGAAACCGUACUAUGUACUCCUAAAGCGAGUUGCAGGGCCGGAUGGGCAAAAGCGACUCCGCGUACAUCGACAUACGAUCCCGGCGUUUAUCUCGAUGGAAAAAUUAGAGCGGAUAUACCUACCUACACCAUCGCAGACGGCAGAGCAGGAACAGGCAGAAAACGGAGAAGAAGAGGAAUUGAAACCCUGGAAAAAGAAGAAGCGGCCCAACAAAAAGCCCGACCUCCAUGCCUUCGUCCGAACACUCCGACGCGAAUUAGUCUCGUGGCAGAAGAGGCGCGAUGUUGUUGGGUUAUUACGGGAAAAACUAGGGGUGCCGAAUCAAGACGCUAACUCCGAGAUAGAUAUUUUCUCCGAUGUCAAAGAUGGAGGGUGGUUACCGAUUAACUCGAUGGGUCUUGCAUCGUUAUCACCUACGGCAUUGGAAGCACGAUAUGUCCGGUUAGAAUGGGAGGAUGGGCGCGUGGGGAGAUUCAAGUUGUCGAAUACGGGGAUGGUCGAGCGCGCGGUUGUGAUUGGGGACCAGGGUAGGGAUAAAAUGCUCGAAGGAGCCAUAACAGGGGGCGAUGGGAGGGUGGAAAGCGUGUUGGACCGGUUGGGGCAGUAUACUACGUUACAGUCAUGA